AUGGAGAAGCAGAUGGCUGAUAUCCUCCUCACGCAUAGAGAAGUUCUCAGUAACCCUUGCAAAGAUCAAGAUAUUACAAGAAUUAGGUUCAAAUAUACAAUAUCCCUGGUUUUCAUAGCAGCAUUUGUCAUCAUUGAAAAACAAAACAACAUUAUUUCAAGGGUCUCCGAUAAGCUCACACGAAGGCAGAUUCCCCGAAUCCCAGAGCCAUCCAAUUUUUCAAGACUUGCCCUGCUUAAACAACAUGGGUCCUAUGCCUCCCUUAGCAAACUGGACUCAGAAUUCAAACACCUAAAGAGACGUCUUGAUAAUUACACCAAAAAGAUGGACAAUCUACAGCGUGGGAAGAAGCACAUCAUCCUGAUGGCCUCCACUAGGACUGGCUCUUCGUUUGUUGGCCAGUUUUUCAACCAGCAAGGCAAGAACAUGUUCUACUUGUAUGAACCACUAUGGCACGUGGAUACAAUGUUGAUGUUAAAGACUGGACAAACUAAUCAAUCUGCUUUAGCUAAAGCCCACCGAGAUGUACUCCAAGAGCUGUUGUUGUGUGAUUUUACCCUGCUGGAGAGUUUCAUUCAACCCCAUCCGAAAAAUCACAUCACCACCACUCUGUUCCGUAGGGAGUCCAGCAAAUCCCUGUGUGAGAAACCGGUGUGCUCCCCAUUCGUCAAGCAGGUGGUUGAGAGGUAUCCCUGUAAUACCAGACUUUGUGGGCCGUUAAACCUUACACUGGCAUCUAAGUCAUGCCACCAGAAGGAGUACCGGGCCAUCAAGACAGUUCGGGUGCGUCAGCUGGGAAACUUGCGGCCACUUGUGGAGAACCCCUCCCUAGAUGUGAAGUUUAUCCAGUUGGUGCGUGACCCACGUGCUGUCCUGGCCUCGAGGAUGGUAGCUUUCUCUGCUAAGUACAAGAACUGGAAGAAAUGGGCAGUGAACACAGGAGUGUCCCUCCAUGACGUGGAACUAAAAAAGUUAAAAGCAAACUGUGAUGAAAUCAGGGCGUCUGCUGAGCUGGGCUUGAAGCAGCCAGAUUGGCUCCAACGACGGUACAUGCUGGUGCGCUAUGAGGACAUAGCCAGAUACCCCAUGCAGAAAGCAGCAGAGAUGUACGGGUUUACUGGGAUUCCGUUCACUCCUCAAGUGAAACAAUGGAUCCUUAAAAAUACCCAAGCUUCAAAGGAAGCCAGGGGUGUGUACUCAACACAGAAAAACUCAGCGGAGCACGUGGAGAAAUGGAGAUUCAGCAUUCCAUUCAAAUUGGCCAAAAUUGUGCAGCAGGUCUGUGGUUCAGCUAUGAAGCUAUUCGGGUAUAGGUUUGUAAAUAAUGAAACUAUGCUAACUGACAAGUCUAUCAGCUUAAUCGAGGAAAAGAAUUUUAAAUAACAAAAAAAUAGUAGGUCAUUCACUGUCAUAAUGGUUUUAAUCUAUAACAAAGUGGUGAUCUUUAACUGUCAAAUGAUUGACUGUUUUAUAUAUUCCUAGUUUAAUGUCUAAGUAGGGAGGAAGAUUAAUAAUACUGGAAGGUAAAACUCUUUUUUAAAGUUUGAAAAGUUUUUUUUACAGUUUAAUGUUUAAAUAAGUUGAACAGUCAGCAAACAAUAAGAAUGCAAUAUGGAUGCAACUCUAGAAUGAAAGCUGCAUUAUUAAGGUAAAAUUAUUUUACAGUAGAACCUCAGAACUUGAAUGCCUCCUAACUUGACCAACGUGGACGCUGAACGGGGCUGUUGGAUUUUUUUUUCUAGUUGUACCUAGACCAAAAUCUUGGAACUGGACCAUUCCUGCUAAAACUUGUAUGGGUCGAGACAUGUUCAGCUCUAUCAUUUAGGUCCUCAAACAGGUCGGUCAAGCUGCACAAAACAGGACAAAACAAAACACACCUGCUAAAACUUGAACGGAUUAAGACACGUCUCUUCUGGCCUGACACAAAGGCAAACUGACCUACCGGGACGGUUAUGGCUCUGAAUCGCUCUCAGUCUUGUGGUGCCUCUCAACUGAGUUCAAGGUGCGAAAGCUGUGUUCAUAUGUUCGGUGUUAAUUUUUUGUGCUUUAUCUACAAUACAUUUAGUGAUACAGUAAUCAUGGUCCCUAAGAAAGUGAGUGGUGAUAGGAGCAAACCAAAGAGGAUAGCUGUGUAACUGUAUAACUUGAAAAAGAAAUAAGCAAGACUUUAUGGUAGUGCACGUCUGCUCUUGCUUCAGAGUAUGGGAUUGUCAUUUAUUUCAUGUUCAUUGCUUUUGAAUGUGUGUAUUAGUUUAUUAUUGAUUGUUAGUGCUUUUAUCAUUAGUUAGGUAGGUAGAUAAUUUGGUCCUUGAUAUCCUUUAUACUCAGAAAAAAAACCCAGAAGAUGUUGUUCUUGAAAUCCUAAUGUAUUUUCAGGACAUAGGCCUAUUUUGCUCUUACAUGACAGAAAGAGAAAGAGGGAAAAAGUAAAACAAAUAAAUAAAGGUUCACAUUAAGUACUAAAACUUAGUUGUCUUAAAACAGUAUUACUUGGCAUUUUUCAUUGGAGGUCCUUUGCUCAGGAGCAAAAUUGGCAAAAACGCGUCUGUCAGCUUAUCAGGUGAGUGGGAGUCUCUGGUUGCUGGGUGUGAGAGCCGUCUCGCUGUGUCAGUCAGUGCACAUCUCUUGUGGGUUGUGACCUGAGAUUAGCUCUGCAAAAGUAUAAUUCCAUUAGACCAUUGUGAAAUGGAGGAACUGGUGUCAGCUGAUAUCAUCUGCUUCUUAGUAAACAGGGAAGUUACUGAUAGACAGGUUAUAAAAUGGCAUGUAACUCAAAGUGGGAUAAAACAAAAGUAAACAAAGAAUAAGAUAGAAAAGGGAUCAGUAAUGUCAUCCAGGUAAAUGAUACUGAUUAAUCAACUGAUUAGUAAAUCUAAUACUUUUAUGGAUAAUUGCAUAAAAAGUGAAACUAUGAACUACUACACUUGUCAAUUGUUUGACGUACACAUUUUCAAAUUCAGCAAGUAAAAUACUUAUUUCUGAACACAGUGUAAAAUUUGUCUGCACUGCACACAAGAACUGUUCUAUUUAAGAUGGGACAAUAAUAUGAGUGAACAGGGAAGCUGGGUACGCUUGUGUUUUAAUAGGAAGUUUAAUCUGAACUCAUUUUCCAUUCAUAGCUCAUGUUAACAGGUAAGAACAAAUACUAGAUAGUCCAAGAAAAUCUCACAUUGGACAUUAGGAAAAAUUGCCCACUGGACGGGGACAAAUUCACAAGCCCGCUAAAGUCAAAGGGACAUUUAUUACAGCUGCUGACUCAACCUGGUGUCUAAAGCUGGUUUUCCGUUGUAAAUUAUGCGAGUCGUACCCACACUGACAUGGCCCUAUUUAUUAACAGGGCCAAAAGCGUGACUAAAUUGAGCUGGUUGCGUCACCACUGUCUGAUGGGUAGAAAUGCAUGGAGAUGCUGCUGAUGUGAGUCGAUAUGUAUGGAUCACCUGAAGGGAAAAAUGACAUAUUCUAUACAUUCAUUAUUAACAUUCAUUAUAAAUAGUAUGCAGU